AUGAGCCAGCGCACUAGCUUGAUCUGUGGAUUAAUGGCUAUAUUGGGGUUCAUUAGAUUCUUCUCGAAGAUUGGGCAAGGCUAUCUAUUCGGUGUAUCGGGGGAGCGUUUAACAAGACGACUACGAUCACAGUACUUUGAGGCAAUUCUGCGACAGGAGAUCGGAUGGUUUGAUCGAUCGGAAAAUCAGGCUGGCGCGUUGACGGCUAAGCUGGCAACGGAGGCUUCCCAACUGAAGAAUGUUUCCGGAUCUCAACUGGGAUCCAUUAUGGAAGCCAUCGUACUUCUCAUCACCACCAUAAUCAUAGCCUUCGUGAAUAGCUGGCAGUUAAGCUUGCUUUUCCUGGGAUUGUUCCCCUUCCUAAUAAUAUCCGGGAUGGUUCAGGUGCGAAGUAUGUCCGGCUCCCAGGCUACCGAAGUAUCCGACGUUAUGCGUGUGGCACAAGAAGCAAUCAGCAAUGACCGUACUGUAUGCACUCUAAAUUUGGAGGUACAUUUUUACGAAAAGUUUCACCAGUCGAUGAAAAGCAAUUACAAAGCCACAGUUCGUCAAUGUUUGUUCUUCGCUCUGGUUUAUUCCUUGACACAAUCCAUUGGCUCAUUGUCAUUCGGCGCAGUGUUUGCACUGGGCGCUUACCUCAUAGAAAAACGGGUGCUAUCAGUGUUGAACGUUUUCCGUACUUUCUCUGUGAUGGAGAUAGGAGCGCAUUCUUUGGGCCCAUCCGCCGCAUUUGGACCGGAUGCUAAGAAGGCAUUGGCGUCUGCAAAGGGUAUUCUGGCUACCAUCGACCGUCCUUCACAAAUACCACAUGACAAGGGUAUUAUACCUUCCACUCCUUUCAAAGGACGAGUUUCAUUCAGGCAUCUUUACUUCAGCUACCCUACUAGAACUGAAGUUCGAGUUUUAAAGAACUUCUCUCACACGGUCGAUCCUGGUCAGACGGUUGCAUUGGUUGGUCAGUCUGGGUGCGGAAAGUCAACUCUCUUGCAACUCGUGCAACGUUUCUACGAUCCAUCGGACCACGGACCGGAAAGCGGUGUUUUCUUUGAUGAAUGGAAUCUUCGUGAGGUGGCGCCUCGCUGGAUUCGCCACCAAAUCGGUAUCGUAUCACAAGAGCCAAAUCUUUUUGACUUGACGUUGGCUGAGAAUAUUGCCUACGGAGACAAUACCCGUGAAGUCCCAAUGGAGGAGAUCAUUGAUGCCGCCCGCCAAGCAAAUAUACAUGAUUUCAUUUGUACGCUUCCUGAAGGUUAUCAGACGAUGGCGGGACAGCGUGGAACUCAGUUGUCUGGAGGGCAAAAGCAGCGAAUCGCCAUCGCUCGUGCGUUGUUGCGCAAACCAGCCCUAUUAUUGUUGGACGAGGCAACUUCUGCGCUGGAUAAUGAAAGUGAAAGAAUUGUUCAAGCGGCGCUAGAUAGUGUCAUCGGGUCCAGGACAUCACUUGUAGUGGCUCAUCGCCUGACAACUGUGCAAGACGCCGAUCUGAUUGUGGUGCUUGAGAGUGGCCGAAAGAUUGAGACUGGUCCACCGGCAGCCUUAAUGGCUUCCAAAGGUGCUUUUUAUGCGUUGCACAAUGCCGAACGGAGUCAGUAG